AUGGAGGCCAUCUGGCUCUACCAGUUCCGCCUGAUCGUCAUCGGCGACUCCACCGUAGGCAAGUCCUGUCUCAUCCGCCGCUUCACCGAGGGGCGAUUCGCCCAGAUCUCCGACCCCACGGUGGGCGUGGAUUUCUUCUCCAGGCUGGUGGAGAUCGAACCGGGCAAGAGAAUCAAGCUACAGAUAUGGGACACGGCCGGCCAGGAGCGGUUCCGGUCCAUCACUAGAGCCUACUACAGGAACUCAGUUGGCGGACUCCUCCUCUUUGACAUUACAAACCGCAGGUCUUUCCAGAACGUCCAUGAGUGGCUAGAGGAGACUAAGGUGCACGUCCAGCCAUACCAGAUUGUCUUUGUUUUGGUGGGUCACAAGUGUGACCUUGACACACAGCGGCAAGUCACCAGGCACGAGGCGGAGAAGCUGGCUGCUGCAUAUGGUAUGAAGUACAUUGAGACCUCAGCUCGAGAUGCCAUUAAUGUGGAGAAGGCCUUCACGGAUCUGACUCGAGAUAUAUAUGAGCUUGUUAAAAGGGGGGACAUUUCAAUCCAGGAGGGAUGGGAAGGGGUAAAGAGUGGGUUUGUUCCAAACGUAGUGCACUCUUCAGAAGAAGUGGUGAAAUCAGAUAGGAGAUGUUUGUGCUGA